AUGCUCCCCAAGCUCCUCCUCGCAGCCUUCGCUCUCGCCGCCUCGGCGUCCGCGACUCUCUCGCCCCGCCAGGACGGCGAAGACGGGCACGACAACACGCGCCCCGGCAAGGGCUUUGACGCGCCCACCGCCGACCUCGAGGACCUGUACUCGGUGCUCGCGGGCGCCGCGCCCGAGUUCUCCCAGUCUGUCGACGUCACGCGGCGCGAGCUCGCCGCGCGCGCCGACAUCGCCCUCGAGAACCGCGCGUCCUGCCCCGCGCUCUGCUUGAACAGGUACUGCGUGCCCAAGGGCUCGCAGUGCUGCGGCGGGAACCAGUACUGCCCCCCCGGGUACCAGUGCAACAAGUACCGCAAGGGCGGGGGAUGCUGCAAGACCGGCGACCGUGUCUGUACCGCCUCGGGCGCGUGCCUGCCCUCUGGAUACUUGUGCUGCGGGUCGGGCGUGAUGCCCGCCGGCGCCAGGUGCUGCGGCGACGUGUGGUGUCCUAGCAGCGCGUCCUGUGCGCCCAACAGGAAGUGCCUUUACCGUCGUAAGGGCCGUGAUUUCUUCGAGGACGCCACUGCCCUCGACUUGGAGAAGCGCGACGCCUUCGGCGCGCCGUUUGAGACCGCCGAGUAG